AUGGCUGCGUACAGAUUCGAAGGAUGGCUCGGCGAGGAUGCUUCCGCAGCCAAAGGCAAGAUGCAGUGGGGGGAAUUCGAGCCGAAGAAGUGGGAGGAAGAUGAUGUUGAUAUCGAGAUUUCGCACUGUGGCGUCUGCGGAUCUGAUUUGCAUAUGCUCUCUUCUGGCUGGGGACCGACUCCAUACCCAUGCGUCGUCGGACAUGAGAUUGUGGGCAAGGCUGUCCGCGUAGGCUCCAACGUCACACACAUCAGAGUCGGCGACCGCGUUGGUGUGGGCGCUCAAGCACGGAGCUGCUUGGACAAAACCUCUUGCGUCGACUGUGCGGGCGGGCUUGAGAACUACUGCGCCAAGGGCAACGUCAGCACGUACGGAAGCAUAUAUCCCAAAGGAGAGGGCAAGUCAUACGGUGGAUAUGCUGACUACAACCGCACCAAUGCGCACUUCGUCUUCAAGAUUCCCGACGGCAUGUCGUCAGCUGAGGCAGCUCCGAUGCUGUGCGGUGGCAUUACCAUGUACUCGCCUCUGAAAUUCAAUGGGGCAGGCCCAGGCAAGACGGUUGGAAUCAUUGGCGUCGGCGGUCUCGGCCACUUUGGCCUUCUCUUUGCAAAGGCCCUGGGCUGCGAUCGCGUCGUGGGCAUAUCAAGAAAGAGCGACAAGCGAGAAGAUGCCCUUGCGCUGGGUGCCGAUGAAUACAUUGCAACGGCCGAGGACCAAGACUGGCCGACCAAGCACCGAAGAAGUCUCGAUCUCAUUGUCAGCACGGUCAGCUCGGAGAACAUGCCUCUGAUGGACUACCUCGGCUUGCUCAAGACCAGAGGAACAUACAUUCAAGUUGGUGCACCUGACGGCGGCAAGUUCCCUGCGAUCAGUGCUUUCACCUUGUUGAUGAAUGGGAUCAAAGUCGGCGGAAGCGGCAUUGGACCGCCAGACGAGAUCGAGGAGAUGCUCAAGUUUGCCGCAGAUGCCAGGAUCAAGCCUUGGAUCCAGGAGAGGCCUAUGGAUGAGGCAAACAAGGUCGUCGUGGACAUGGAAGCGGGCAAGGCGCGAUAUCGAUACGUGCUUGUGAACAAGAAGCAUGCUUGA